AUGUCCUAUAUAGGCUGGUCCGUCCAGGACUGGAUCCAGUUCCAUUACCAGUCCACUCCCAAUGAGUCGUUUGCACUCUUACAAGAAUUGCUCGGGGACCAGAACAAGGCUCCAGAAGACCCAGCCUGGAUCUCGUUGGCUACGCUCGACAAUUUAAAGCAUCAGUGGCAUUUCUUGCAGUCCAAGUCCAACAAGUUGGACUUGCCCUUGUAUGGUGUGCCUGUGGCCAUAAAAGACAAUAUUGAUGUCAAGGGUUUUGAAACGACCGCCGCCUGUCCAUCUUUCGCCUAUUCGCCAGAAGACGAUGCCACCACAGUAAAAUUGUUGAGAAACGCUGGAGCCAUCGUCAUUGGUAAAACAAACUUGGAUCAGUUUGCUACCGGCUUAGUUGGAACCAGAUCUCCAUACGGAAUCACCCCCAACACCUUCAACAAAGACUACGUCAGCGGAGGCUCUUCUGCUGGCUCUGCAUCAGUUGUAGCCAGAGGUAUUGUACCAAUUUCCUUGGGUACAGACACUGCUGGUUCUGGAAGAGUCCCUGCAGCUUUGAACAAUAUCAUAGGGUUGAAACCAACCAAGGGUGUUUUUUCCUGUGCUGGUGUCGUUCCAGCCUGUAAGUCGUUGGACUGUGUCUCCAUCUUUUCACUCAACUUGCAAGAUGCCCAGUUGGUAUUCAAUAUCAUGGCCCAAGAAGAUGCCCUCAACGAUGAAUACUCGAGGCCAUUGCCUGCAAACCCAUUGAUCAAAUUCCCAGCUACACCCAAGAUAGCCGUUCCCACCAACUUAUUGUGGUUUGACGAAACCGAAAACCCCAAGAUUUAUAACAAGGCUGUUGAUCACUUCAAAGAAAAUGUCGGUGCUGAAUUGGUACCAUUGAAUAUUGAUCUUUUAUUGGACUUGGCCAAGUGUUUGUACGAAGGUCCUUGGGUUUCUGAGAGAUUCGCAGCCACGAAAGAUUUUUUCGCAACCAACCCUCCAGCAGCAGAUUUGGACCCUACAGUGACUCAAAUUAUCAAGGGAGGUGAAAAGCAUUCUGCUGCUACUGCCUUCGAAUAUGAAUACAAAAGACAAGGUAUCAUCCAAAAAGUAUCCAAAUUGUUGGAAGGCAUCGAUGCUAUAAUAGUACCUACUGCACCUCUCAAUCCAACUAUUGCGGAAGUAACAAAAGAACCAAUUAAAGUCAACGCCAACCAAGGUACUUACACCAACUUUGUAAAUUUGGCUGAUAUGUCUGCGUUGGCUAUUCCAGCAGGUUUUCGCUCCGACGGUUUACCAUUUGGUAUUACGUUGUUGUCGCACAAAUUUAACGAUUACGCACUUCUCGACUUGGCUAGUCGUUAUUUGAAGGGUGUAGACUCAACAGAGAAGCGCUUCUACGGCUGUUUGAAGGAUAAGCCAGUUUCCAGCUUGGGAGAUGAAUUGCUUCCUAAUAUUCCAGGUUUCGACCCAGAACUGCAAAUCAAAUUAGCCGUAGUUGGUGCCCACUUAAAGGGUUUCCAAUUACACUGGCAAUUAGAAAAAGUCAGAGCCAACUUGAUUGAGUCUACCACUACAUCAGGAAACUAUAAGCUCUACGCCUUGCCCAAGACUGGACCAGUUGCGAAGCCAGGCUUGAGGAGAGUCACUGAAAAUGGUACCAAAAUUGCUCUUGAAGUGUAUGCCGUUCCAAAGGAAACUUUCGGAGACUUCAUUGCCAUGGUUCCAGAGCCUUUGGGAAUUGGAUCUGUAGAGUUGACAUCUGGUGAAUGGGUGAAGUCUUUCAUUUGCGAGGAAGUUGGAUACAAUGCUCCAGGAACAACCGAUGUUUCGUCCUUCGGUGGAUGGAAGAAUUACCAUGAACACUUAGCUCAGGAAGCAAAGGCUCAAAAGAAACCAUUCAAAUCUGUUUUGGUUGCCAACAGAGGUGAGAUCGCCGUCAGAAUCAUCAAGACCUUGAAAAGAUUGAAUAUUAAGUCGAUUGCUGUAUACUCUGACCCAGAUAAGUAUGCCAAGCAUGUAUUGAUUGCCGAUGCUGCUGUUCCAUUGCAUGGAACUUCGGCUGCUGAAACCUAUAUCGCAGUCGAAAAGAUCAUUCAGGCUGCUAAGGAUACUGGUGCCGAAGCCAUUAUUCCUGGUUACGGGUUCUUGUCUGAAAAUGCUGAUUUCUCUGACCGCUGUGGAAAAGAAGGAAUUGUCUUUGUAGGUCCAUCUGGUGAUGCUAUCAGAAAAUUGGGUUUAAAGCACUCAGCCAGAGAAAUUGCCGAAAAGGCUGGGGUUCCUUUGGUACCUGGUUCCGGUUUAGUUAAGGAUGCUCUCGAAGCCAAGGAAAUCGCAGCCAAGUUGGAAUAUCCUGUCAUGGUUAAAUCAACAGCUGGUGGUGGAGGUAUUGGUUUACAAAAAGUUGAUUCAGAAAAAGACAUUGAGCGUGUUUUUGAAACAGUUCAACAUCAAGGUAAAUCGUACUUUGGCGAUGCUGGUGUUUUCUUAGAGAGAUUCGUAGAAGACGCCAGACAUGUUGAAGUCCAGAUGUUUGGAGAUGGUAAGGGAAGGGCCAUUGCUCUUGGCGAAAGAGAUUGUUCUUUGCAACGUCGAAACCAGAAGGUUAUUGAAGAAACUCCUGCUCCAAACUUGCCAGAGGCUACAAGACAAAAGAUGAGAGAUGCAGCCGAAUCCUUGGGUGCCAGUAUGAAUUACAAGUGUGCCGGUACUGUUGAAUUUAUCUACGACGAAAAGCGUGAUGAAUUCUACUUCUUAGAAGUCAAUGCCAGAUUACAAGUUGAACAUCCAAUUACUGAAAUGGUGACGGGCUUAGACUUAGUGGAGUGGAUGUUGUACAUUGCUGCUGAUGAUCCCCCAGAUUUCUCUCAAAAAAUCGAAGUCACUGGUGCUUCUAUGGAAGCCAGAUUGUAUGCUGAAAACCCAGUGAAGGAUUUCAUGCCUUCUCCAGGCCAAUUAACCGAAGUCAAGUUCCCAGAAUGGGCCAGAGUUGAUGGCUGGGUUGAAAAAGGUACUGUUAUCUCUGCUGAAUAUGAUCCUACUUUGGCUAAGAUCAUUGUUCACGGAAAGGACAGAAAUGAUGCUUUGAAGAAGUUGAGACAAGCUUUGGAUGAAACAGUUGUUUUCGGCUGUAUCACAAACAUUGACUACUUAAGAUCGAUUAUCAACUCGUCUAUGUUCGCCGAGGCCAAGGUUGCCACCAAGGUAUUGGAUUCCUACGAUUACAGACCUACGGCUUUUGAAAUCAUAAGCCCAGGUGCUUACACAACCGUACAAGACUACCCUGGUAGAAAAGGCUACUGGCACAUUGGUGUUCCUCCUUCUGGUUGUAUGGACGAGUACUCCUUCAGAGUUGCCAACAGAAUUGUUGGUAACGAUAAGGUUGCUCCUGGUAUUGAGAUCACCUUGAAUGGUCCAAAGUUAUUGUUUCACCAUGAUGCUGUUAUAGCAGUUACUGGUGGAGCUGUUGAAAUUGAUAUCAAUGGAUACAAGGUUGAACAAUGGGCUCCUCUCCAUGUCAAGAGAGGAGACAAGGUGUCAAUUGGGAAAUUGACUACUGGUUGCAGAGCUUACUUGGCUAUUAGAGGAGGCAUUGACGUCACUGAAUACUUAGGCUCCAGAUCUACUUUUGCGUUGGGUAACUUGGGUGGCUAUAAUGGUAGAGUUUUGAAAUUGGGUGACGUUUUAUUCUUGGGUCAACCGGAAAUUUCUAGUUGUACUUUGCCAGCUCCGAUUUCUGAACCAUCUAACAUUGCUCCAUCAUUGAUUCCUAAUUACGACAACAAAGUUUGGCAAGUUGGUGUUACAUGUGGACCUCACGGUUCUCCUGAUUUCUUCAAACCUGAAGCGAUUGAAACUUUCUUCAAGGACACUUGGAAAGUUCAUUACAAUUCUAAUAGAUUUGGUGUUAGAUUGAUUGGCCCAAAGCCUGUUUGGGCUAGACCGGAUGGUGGUGAUGCAGGUUUGCAUCCUUCCAACACUCAUGACUACGUUUACUCUUUAGGUGCUAUCAACUUCACUGGUGAUGAACCUGUUAUCUUGACUUGUGACGGUCCAUCCUUAGGUGGGUUCGUCUGUGCUGCCGUUGUUGUGGAAUCUGAAAUGUGGAAAAUCGGUCAAGUAAAGCCUGGUGAACAAAUUCAAUUCAUUCCAAUUUCCUACGAAACUUCGAUUGAAUUAAAGAACCAACAGGACAAAAUCAUCGAAAACUUGACUGGUGACUUGCCUUCUUUUGAUGGUAAGGCAAUCAAGCCGGAAAAUCCUGUCUUAUUUGAAUUCCUGGCUUCGUCCAACGCUCCAAAGGUUGUUUAUCGUCAAGCAGGUGACCGAUACAUUUUGGUAGAAUACGGUGAAAACUGUAUGGACUUGAAUACUUCGUACAGAAUUCAGAGAUUGAUUGAAAUGGUUGAAGAACACAAGACUAGAGGAAUUGUUGAAAUGUCUCAAGGUGUUAGAUCAGUUUUGAUCGAGUUCAACCGCGAGGUUACCCAGGAUGAACUCUUGAAGACGUUGAUUUCUUACGAAAAAGAGAUCUUUUUCAUCAACAAGUGGGAAGUUAAGUCGAGAAUCAUUAAAUUGCCAAUGGCCUUUGAAGACAAGAAGACUUUGGAUGCUGUUAAGAGAUACUCAGAGACCAUUAGAAGUGAGGCACCAUGGUUACCAAACAAUGUUGACUUCAUAGCUAACAUCAACGGCAUUACUAGAGAAGAGGUCAGAGAUUUGGCAUAUACUGCUAGAUUCAUGGUGUUGGGUCUCGGUGAUGUCUUCCUUGGUGCACCUUGUGCAGUUCCAUUGGAUCCAAGACAAAGACUCUUGGGUACGAAGUACAACCCAUCUAGAACAUAUACUCCUAACGGAACUGUGGGUAUUGGUGGUAGUUAUAUGUGUAUCUACACCAUGGAAUCACCAGGAGGAUAUCAAUUGAUCGGCAGAACUGUUCCUAUUUGGGAUAAGUUGACCUUGGCUUCUCAUUCUGGUGACAAGCCAUGGUUGUUGAGACCAUUCGAUCAAGUUGAAUUCUAUCCAGUUAGCGAAGAAGAAAUCGACAAGUUCUCUGAAGAAAUGAAUGCUGGUAAGUUUAAGGUCGAUAUUAUUGAAACUGUCUUCAAACACGGCAAGUACUUGGAGUGGAUCCAAGAACAUUCUGACUCAAUUGCUGAAUUCCAGAAGAACCAAGGGGGUGAGAAGUUAGAAGAAUUCAACCGCUUGAUCCAGAUCUCGAACAGUGAAUUGGAAAAAUCUGGUACCAAAAUUGUAGAAGACGAAUCCUACGACGACACCCACGAAUUGGUUUACUCGGAAUACUCUGGUAGAUUCUGGAAAUCCUUAGUUGAGACUGGUGAUGAAGUUAAAGCUGGUCGUGCAUUAAUUGUUGUUGAAGCUAUGAAAACUGAAAUGGUUGUCUCUGCACCAAGAGACGGUAAGGUUGUCAAGAUCUACCAUAAGAACGGUGAUAUGGUGGAUGCUGGAGAUUUGGUUGUUGUUCUUGCAUGA